CCCCUGUGUAUCUCCAGGGCUGUGUUGAUCAUCCGAUUGUGCUGACAGAAGCCGUGUGCAAUCCACUCUACUCGAGGCAAAUGAUGUCAGAGCUCCUCUUCGAAUGUUACCAAGUUCCAAAAGUGUCCUACGGCGUAGACAGCUUGUACAGCUUCUACCACAACAGAAGGCAGAACUGGCCCUGCAGUGGUUUAAUAAUAUCCUCAGGUUAUCAGUGUACACAUAUUUUGCCAGUCUUAGAGGGCAGAUUGGAUGCUAAAAACUGCAAGCGCAUUAAUCUUGGAGGGUGUCAAGCUGCUGUCUACCUGCAACGUCUCCUUCAGCUAAAAUACCCAGGACAUUUUGCUGCCAUCACUCUCAGCCGUAUGGAGGAAAUACUGCAUGAGCAUAGCUACAUUGCAGAGGACUAUAUAGAAGAGCUACAAAAGUGGCGCUCCCCUGAGUACUAUGAGAACAACAUGCACAAGAUGCAGCUGCCUUUCUCCAACAAGCUCCUGGGCAGCACCCUGACGUCGGAGGAGAAGCAGGAGAGGCGGCAGCAGCAGCUGCGUCGCCUUCAAGAGCUCAACGCGCGUCGGCGAGAGGAGAAGCUGCAGCUCGACCAAGAGAGGCUGGACAGGCUGCUCUAUGUUCAGGAACUUCUAGAAGAUGGUCAAAUGGAUCAAUUUCACAAAGCUUUGGUGGAGCUGAACAUGGACUCUGCAGAAGAGCUUCAGUCUUACAUCAAUAAACUGAGUCUGGCAGUUGAACAAACAAAGCAGAAAAUUCUCCAGGCAGAAGUCAAUAUUGAAGUGGAUGUUGUGGACAGCAAACCAGAGGUAUAACACUG